UAGCUAUCGUCCUUAAUUUCAGUUCUUGAGCUAGCUUAAAGUGAUAGUGCGAGCAAUGCAUUCAAGAUUCAUCAACACCAAUCCUUAUUCGAGCUGUGAUUGUAAGACUGAUAAUGAGAAGUCUAAUGGCGAUGAUGAGAGAAGUAGUGAAUACUCUUUUGUGAAUGCUCUUAGUAUGAGCGGAGGAGAUGGAGACAACAGUUACUCAACCAAUUCUAUUCUUCAGAAAAGAGUUUUAUCAAGGACCAAAAGAGUGUUGGUUGAAAACACCAAAGAAAUGAUGAAAAAGUUGGAGUUUCCUAGAUGCAUUAAAGUAGCCGACUUGGGAUGUUCAUCCGGACAAAACACAUUUUUGGCGAUGUCUGAGAUCGUCAACACAAUCAAUGCAUUAUGUAAAGAGUCGAACAAAAACCCACCAGAGAUAGAUUGUUGUCUGAAUGAUCUCCCUAGUAACGAUUUCAACACAACUUUCAAGUUCAUAACUUCCUUCAACAAGAAGCUCACAAGACAAGGAUCGUGCUUCGUGUCUGCAGUACCUGAUUCCUUUUACUCGAGGCUCUUCCCUCGCAAGAGUCUCCAUCUCGUACAUUCAGUUUACAGUAUUCAUUUUCUCUCUAAGGUUCCGGAUGGUCUGGAGAAUAACAGGAUGAAUGUGUACAUAACAAGUUCAAGUCCUCUAAGUGAACACAAGGCUUACCUGAAUCAAUUCCAGAAAGAUUUUAAGACAUUUCUGAGAAUGCGUUCUGAAGAGAUGGUAUCUAGUGGACGCAUGGUUCUCACGUUAAUUGGCAGAAAGACUCUUGAUGAUCCAUUGUAUAGGGAUUGCUGUCACUUUUGGACACUGUUAUCCCAAUCUCUUCAAGACCUAGUUUUAGAGGGUGUUGUGAGUGCAUCGAAGGUGAGUUCGUUCAAGAUGCCGUUUUAUGAUCCGAGCAUAGAAGAAGUGACAGAUCUUAUAAGAAAAGAGGGUUCCUUCAAAAUAAAUAACUUGGAGACACAUGGAUUUGAUCUUGGUCAUAGUGUUGAAGACUGUAGCUUGCAAUCACAUGGAGUUAAAGCAGGGCAAAAAGAAGCUAGUUGCAUAAGAGCAGUGACUGAGAGGAUGCUCGUUGCUCACUUUGGAGAUGACAUCAAUAUUGAUACAUUGUUUAACAAGUAUGCGCUUCGUGUGUCUCAGCAUGCAAGCUGUAGGAUCAAGACGAGUGUCUCUCUAGUCGUUGCGUUGAUCCGGAAAUAACUUUUGUUAUGUAUUGAUGAUUAACUUUAAAGUACUCAAUGGCUUGUAAUUUGUGUCAUGUAUUGUUGUUUUAUUUUGUAAAUGUGGAUUUGUGAACGUGCGACCCUGAAAUAGACACGAGAUUAAGUAAG